AUGUUCAUUUUUUACACCACCUCCACUUCGACCGUUCAUCAAUAUACUAGCUGCUCACAUUGGUUGUUGGUUCAUAACGCUGCCUUCCGACGGGCGCUCCUCCCCAUGGCAGGUGCAGAACAAAAGUCGUUCUUAGGGACAUUAACUCCCUGGAGUACACCAAGAAGCACAACACCAACACCAACACCAACACCACAGUCUGGCGGUCACCCUAACCCCGAUGUCUUGCAGCGAUCGCAAGGGGAGGACCAUACGGUGACCCACAUGCAUCGAUUAAGCAUGCGACGUUAUCCUCCCGAUUGCCCUCCAUUGAAAGUCAGGUGGUUCUAUGCAGUGGACUCGCCCAAGCGAAAACCAUCCAUUCUAGGACAGAAAAAGGCAGACCAAAAACCCUUACCAUCACCGAAGAAAUUUAUACCUUUCCCAGGGAAAGACUCCCAGUCCAUCGAAACGACGUUUCAGAAACUCUCAGAUAUCGAAGAUGCCCGUCAACAAAACCAGCCAAAUGACAGCGAACCAGUAUUGUCCAAAGUACCCGUGAAUGAGGAUUUUCUUUUCAAUGUCGAUGUGGAACAACGAGAGUUGAGUCCCACCUAUUGGAUUGGCCCUAUAUAUGAAGUCCGUCGUGGAACAUGGUUCGUUCAGGAUGGAUCGACCCUAAAACCAUGUGAAGAAAAUCUUGCUACCCAACUUGAAGAGGGCUAUAUCAAACUAUGUCCAUGGAGGUCCCAGCCAUUAGAACAGAAUUCGAAAACAAACGAACAAGAUAAAUCUGGCCAGACCAAAAGCAUGCCAAUCAACGCCUAUGAACUAGAUUCCAAACCCCCUCAAUCAUCCAACCCGAAUUCUCCUCCCCGUGCUACAGGGAAUGAUUUCAACGGCCCUACAGUGGAAUCUCAGCAGUAUCGUCUUUUUGGCGCUUACAUGAAUAGAAUAGUCGGCUAUCAAGAUUCCACGACGGCCUGGUUGAUGAAUGAUGAUUUUAUGUCACGCUUCAGUACUUCGGUGUAUCAAAAGCUUGGAGGGGUUCCAGGAACGAAAUUGGUACGCAGUUUCGAGCCCAGGAAGCCAAAAGAGACACUAGAGGCAAAGGAACCCAAACAAAAACCACUGAGCGAGUCUGGCAAAGGUUUGAAUGAUGUCUUGAAAGAAAAAGCAGAACAAGCUACGGAUACUCUCAAGCCAACCACAGCUGAUGGAUUCGAGGGUUACGAAAGUACACCAAAAUCAACAUUAGAACGCCAAAUGUCCUCCCUUGCAGGCGAGCCGCAAAAUCCAGAUGACCUCGAAGAACAGGCUCGCAGGCAGGAGGAACAGGAGAUGGAAGAGUCGAGAGAACUGGACGGCGCGGACAGAGAGCGCGAGGUUGAUCAUCUAGUUCUUGUCACCCAUGGAAUUGGCCAGCGACUAGGUUUACGACUGGAAAGCAUCAAUUUCAUACAUGAUGUAAAUGUGCUUCGCAAGACACUGAAAACUGUCUACAAAGGUUCGCCUGACCUCCAAGCGCUGAACUCAGCGCUCCCGGGCAGCGAUAAGAAUUGCCGUGUUCAAGUGCUUCCUGUGUGCUGGCGCCAUCUUCUAGACUUUCCUUACCGAGGAGUUCGACAGAACAGGAAAGAACUGGAUCUCACUGAUGCAGACGCUCUCGAGGAUGAUGCGUACCCCAGCCUAUCCGAUAUAACACUGGAAAGUGUACCAGCUGUUCGGAACCUCAUUUCAGAUUUGGCUAUGGAUGUCCUUCUGUACCAAAGCGGGUACUGUGAGCAUAUCUCUAAUAUUGUCAUCCAAGAAUGCAAUCGGAUCCUCCGGCUUUACCGGAAGCAAAAUCCUUCUUUCAAGGGAUCAGUCAGUCUCUGCGGGCAUUCGCUUGGAAGCGCGAUUCUAUUUGAUAUCUUAUGUCACCAGCCGGGAACCAAUGCCAGACAGGAUGGUGCCUCCAAGGGAACGGCCCAAGAGAGCGACGACUCUACUCCCAAAGGUGCAAGUGCAUUUGAUUUUGAUUGCGAAGAGUUUUUUUGUCUAGGAUCCCCCAUUGCACUCUUUCAAAUGCUCAAGGGUAAGACGAUUGGUGGAUAUUCUGCCUUGGAUCCCCGAUAUCGCAAAAAUGCUCUGGAUGUGGCGGUUGACUUGGCUUCGCAUGGUCCUGGACACGUGCUCAUCGACAAUCCCAGUAUCAUCUCAACACCAAAAUGUCGAGAUCUCUACAACAUCUUCCAUCCUUCUGACCCGGUGAGCUACCGGGUUGAGCCUCUGAUAUCUCCGGCGAUGGCAACCCUCAAACCUCAGCCUCUACCAUCGGUGAAGAAAAGCCUCUGGACGACCUCUGGUCAGAGUCUAUCUAUUCUCGGUAGCCGCAUGGGCCAAAGCGUGGGAUCUCUGUGGACAAAUUUCACCACGGGUGUUGCAAGCAGUCUGUUGAAUCGCAGCUUGGGUCUGAAAAGUGAUGACGCCUCAUCGGCGGCUCGCACUUCUAGUAAAAUAGGUGAUGAAUCAACCCAUAUACGGUCACAGUCAGGCUUAGUUCAGCCUGGCCCCGAGGGAUCUGAUGAUCACUAUCAGACAUUGAUCGACUCCGAUCUAGAAACUCUUUACGAUGGGUUUCAAAAAAACAGGAGUGUCCAUCAUGGCGAGAGUCCAUAUCCCGAUGCCGACACUAACCAGGACCGGAGGUUGAAAUUCGAAGACGCGAAAGUGCGUGCCUUAAAUGCAAACGGACGUGUGGACUACAGUAUCCAAGAGGGAACUUUCGAUAUUUCAUUAAUAGCCAGCAUUGCCAGUCAUCUCACCUAUUGGGGAGAUGAGGAUGUUAAUCACUUUAUGCUUUCCCAGAUGCUUUCUAGGGGACAAAGGCAUAAACAAAAACAUAAAUGA